CCUUUAUUGAAGUCUUCAGCUACACCAGUCCCAGUGGCGGCGCCUCCUGCCGCUCUGUCAUCCAUGUGUGUCGUUCUGUGACAGCUGUGGUUUUAUUGUUUUUAUCUGGUCAUAAUCAGGUACGAGCAGCCGCGGACAGCCGGUGAAAAUGGGAGCACACGAAAGCACGGCACGGAGAGUGUCAUUCGGAAUGGACGAAGACAUGAAGGUCACAGUUAUUGAAGGAGUGAAGCUCUCGGAGGAUGUGCUCCGGUGGAUGAGGGAACAUCGGAGGUCCGACAGUGAGAAGUCCUCGACAUCGCCAACAGACGGCAACAAACCACCAGAGAGUCCAAAACCCACAGGAGCUUCUGCUACAGAAAUACAGGAAGAACUGCGUAAAGACUUUGAGCGUCAGCAGGCAUUUGUGCAAGAGAGUUUGUCCAGACUGGCUCAGAAGGAGAGAGAGACGGCUGCAACCACAGGCCUCGAUGAGCUGAUGCCCAAACUCAUCGUAGAGAGAGGGAAAGUCCACGAAGAGCAAGAAAAAGCCAUGUUAUUGCCUGCAGAUCUGGAUGCCUGGGCCAAACAACUGCAGAGUAAAGAGAUGGAACUUGCCAGCCUCUCCAGCUUUUAUAAAGAACAAAUAGAAGUACUGGAGAAAAAGAACUUUGACAUCUAUAAGGAGUCGGCAGAACAGUACAACCAAGCAGCGACCAAAGCUGAGGCUCGCAUCAGUCCUCGCCAGGCCGCGUCUGUGUGCACUGAACUACAGGCCAAGGUGCUCCAGUGCUUCAGAGAGAAUCCACAACAGACCCUGCACUGCUCCAGCCUGGCCAAACAAUACAUGACCUGUGUCCAGCAAGCUAAGAAGAGCUUACUGACAAAUCACGGCUGAGAAACCUCCAGAAAGUCGGAGCGGGAGAAGUGAAGAAAAGGAGAGCAUGUCAAAUCCGUCCGUUUGCUGACUUCCCUCUGUCCUUCUCCUGUCCAUCUACGCAUCCUUUUAUUUCGCUUCCAUCACUGAAUAAACCCGGUUUCUUUCCCA